GCGUUGACUUUAGUCCAUUGUGAAACAAACAGAGCAAGCAAUAAUCAAACACUUGAUCGAUCAUCUUGCAACUGCUGGCACUCGCAGAGCUGCUGGAAGAGCUAGACAUGCAUGAAUCUUUCUUUAUUGUUGCUCCUGAUGCCCCCGAGAUGGAUCUCAAUUCUUAACUGUUAGCAGCAGAGGCUUUGAAGUUUCAUAAUGUCUGGGCUUGAGGUUGUAGCCCCUCUUGUUGGAGAGGUAGGAGCGCAUGGAAUUGGAGAAUUACAUUCUACAAUUGCAUCUAAAAUUGCGUCUUCCAGAAACCUUGAUGACAACUACAACAUUUUGCUCAAAGACAUGGAGAUGCUACUUGCAAUAAAGAAGGAUAAAGAGAGGGAGGUUCAAAGAAACAACCACAAAGAUACCACUAAUGCUUACAAACUGUGGACAAACAGGGUAUCAGAUGCUGCAGAAGAUGUGCAGAAGCUGAAAGUUAAAUACGAAGAGAAAAUGCUACCCUGGUGGCGUAUUCAACGGCGUUCACAUCUGAGUGAAGAGAUGGAGAAGAAGUGCAACUAUGUUCGUGAACUUAAGAAGGAUGAAUGUUUAAGAGAUUUUCUUGUUGAUAAACCACCAGAGCCUGUCUUAAAGGAGUUAAAUGUCCCACAGAUAAGUGGAUAUCCAACCCUUCAAGGUGCCUUGAAAAAUAUGCUGGGUUUGCUAAAAAAUAAUAAGAUUAAAGUCAUUGGAGUGUGUGGAACAAAAGGGGUGGGGAAAACAACAAUAAUGCAGAACCUAAACAACAAUGAAGAGGUUGCUAAACUGUUUGAAAUUGUCAUUUUUGUGAAAGCCACAGCUGAUGACCAUAAGCUUCAAGAGAAAAUUGCUAAUCGGUUGAUGCUGGACAUAGAAACCAACAAGAAGCAUAGCGGUGAUGUUGCAAGAAGAAUACACAAAGAGCUAGAGAAGAAGAAGUAUUUAUUGAUUUUGGAUGAGGUUGAGGAUGCCAUCAAUUUGGAGCAGUUGGGAAUUCCUAGUCACGUCAACAAUGGCGGUAAGGUAGUAAUUGCCACUCGACUCCCUCGAGUUUAUAAGUUGAAUAAGGUGCAGAGGGUCAUCAAAGUCAUGGAGUUAUCUCCUGAGGAAGCAUGGAAGAUGUUCAGAGAUACUGUUCAUGCCUUUAAUCCUAAGAUUGAUUCCCUUGAAAUUCAACCUAUAGCCAAACUUGUAUGCAAAAGGUGCUCUCGUCUUCCACUUCUUAUUUACAAUAUAGCAAAUUCUUUUAAAUUGAAAGAGUCUGCUUCAAGUUGGUCGGCGGGACUUGAAGAUCUUAAACCUUGGCCUGAACUUCAAAAUCAAGGUUUAGAAGAGUUGUACUCAUGCCUGAAAUUCUGUUAUGAUGAACUCAAAGAUAAAAAGAAGCAGAAAUGCUUUUUAUACACUUCACUGUAUCCUGCAAAUAGCAAGGUUUACACUGAUUAUUUAGUGGAGUGUUGGGCAGCACAAGGUUUACUCGGUGAUAUAAAUGACAAAAGGUCAUAUCGAAGUGCACGCAAUUGUGGUAUUAACAUAUUAGAACAUCUUGCUAAUGUCUCUUUACUAGAGAAAGGGGAAUCAAUGAUAUAUGUCAACAUGAAUCAUUGUAUGAGACAACUUGCAUUACACAUAUCCUCUAAAGAUCCUGAAUGUAGCUUUUACCUCCAAGAUGGUGAAGAAUCUGAAAAUCUCUCAAAUUCAAGAGCUUGGCAGCAGGCUAGGUGGGUCUCUAUGAGACAACUGCUUGAUUUUCCAACAAGCCAAGAUAGCAGCAUGAUUUUGACGUUGUUGCUGCGAAAAAAUCCAAAACUAACUACAAUACCACCAACUUUUUUUGAGAACAUGAGCAGUCUACUUCUGUUAGACUUGUAUAAUAGCAUGAUUACACAACUGCCAUCGUCUUUAUCAAAAUUGACUUGUCUACGGGGUUUAUUCUUGAACAGUUGCGAGCUCUUGGAAUCAUUAUCAUCUGAAAUUGGAUCACUUCAAUUUCUAGAGGUCCUUGACAUACGAGAUACUAAAGUAACAUUCAUACCUCUACAAAUUGGAUGUUUGACUAAUCUAAGAUGCCUGCGAAUCCCAUUCAUUGUAAGUGAAGAUAAUGAAGCUCAAAAUGUUCAUGUGAUUUCAAAGCUUCAUAGGUUGGAAGAAUUAACCAUUCAAGUCAUAUCCUAUGAACAAUGGUGCAAUGAUGCUGAAAAUGUUUUACAACAUGUGGCUUCUUUGGAAAAUGUAACACAUCUCAGAUGUUGUUUUCCCUCCUCAAUCAUUCUUGGAGAAUUUCUUUCAAGAAGUAAAUCAUGGAGUUGUAAGCAGCAAAAUUCAUUUAGAUUCUUUGUGGGAUGCCAAAACUCAAGGCGACCUCAAAUACUUGAAUCUUUUGAGUAUAAAAUUACUAAUUAUUUGAGGUAUUGCAAUGGUGGACAGAAGGAUGACUCGGCAAUUAUUGAGGUACUACCAAAAACUGAUGCAUUUGAAUUAGUUUGCCAUAAAGAUAUAAAAAAAUUGACAAAUUUUGCUGGCGUAGUGUGUUUGGAACGCAUUCGUGGUCUUUUGAUUACAAGAUGCAACAAAGUUUUAACAAUUGUGUCAGCGGAUACAAGUAGCAACACCAUGAAUGGAAUCCAAAUAGAAACAAGAGUCAUCUUACCAAAUUUGGAGCAAUUAUAUUUGGAAAAUUUGCUCAAUUUAAAAUGUGUUUUUAGAGGUCCCUUGCACAGUGGAACCUUUUCCAGAUUACAAACGUUGUCAUUGAAGAAUUGUCCUUCACUGAGUGACAUUUUCAGCAAUGGAGCAAUUCAACAUUUUUCAGAACUUCAAAAUCUGAAACUUGAAGAUUGUUCAAAAAUUGAAGUACUUAUCAGAGAAGAAGACAUUGAAGGAGAAAGGGAUGUGCUUCCAAAACUAGAAAUACUUCUGCUGGUUAACUUGCCUAACUUCAAAACUAUAUGCUCAACUCAUACAUUGGCUUGGUCCUCUUUGGAGCUGUUAAGGAUUCAUAACUGUCCUAAGUUGAAAACUUUACCACUAGACAGUGACAAUGCAGUCAACUUAAAGUCCAUUAAAGGGCAGCAAGAGUGGUGGGAUGAGUUGGAGUGGACAAACAACAAGGUGCGUCCCAUCUUUGCUGCCUCCAAUGAGUAUUUUUCUUAGAUAUUUUCUUUCAUGCAUGUAACAAUUCCUGUUAAAUGUGAAAAAUAAAUGUGUUUAUUUGUCUUUCUUUAGUUUAUUGCAAGAAACUCGAGAAAAAAUAGCUUGGAUUGUAUUAUUUUAUGGUUUGUAGUGUUUGAAGGUUUGGGACUAAAAGUUUGUACUAAUGUAUAUAUUUGGAACUAAGUUAUUUGGAAUGUGCUUGAGGUUAAAGAGAACCA